UUCCAGGCAACCGAUGAGUUUUAACCCUUCUCCCGCGGUAAUCAGGCCCACGUGCUUACUACCCUAGCUCAGAGAUGGUAGUUUCAGAGUUUUCGUGGCUCUGUAGGUACUCUAAACCGAUCUACGUGCAUGGGCGGAACAUUAGAGUGCUCAGCACUCCCCAAGAUUUCUACGGAGCGCUUUUGAGUGGAGUACGGACGGCCCAGAGACGCAUAGUCCUCUCUUCUCUCUAUUUGGGAACAGGGAAACACGAGCAAGAGCUGGUGGAAUGUCUUGGGAGCGCCCUGUCGGACGGAGCCAGGCCUCAUCUCCGUUGCUCGGUGCUCCUUGACUGUCUGAGAGGCACCCGCGGCCACCCCAACUCCGUCUCCCUCCUCCGCCCACUACUCUCUGGUCCCCAUGGCGACAGAUUCUCCCUCCAUCUCUAUCACACCCCGAAUCUCCGCGGCCUCCUGAGAAAGGUGUUCCCUGCGAGGCUCAAUGAAGGAAUGGGUCUCCAGCACACAAAGAUCUACGUCUUCGAUGACUCACUUCUUCUCAGCGGAGCAAACUUGAGCCGGGACUACUUCACCAACCGCCAGGAUCGCUACAUGCUGUUCUCAGACUCCACAAGACUUGCCGAUUACUUCUCACGGGUAGCACAAACCAUUGCCGACCACUCCUACUGUGUCGGGUCUGACGAGGAACUGCGACCAGCCCUGGAGUUUGAUCACCUCACGUCGAGGGCAAACUCUGUCAAGUACAGAAGAAUCAUCUCUGACAGUGUCCGAAAUUUACUGAGGAGCGAACAGAGCAUUAAUUGCCAAUCGAACUCGGGGUCUGGAGGGACGAGGAGGGAGAUACUGCCGUGUUCCCCCUCCUCCAGAUGGGGCAAUACGGAAUACGGCAGGAGGAAGAGGCGACAGUCAGACUCCUGGCUGGGCUGUCGGCAGGAGAGAGAUUGUGUCUCGCCACGGGCUACUUCAACCUGCCACCUCGCUACAUCCAGGCCUUGCUGGGAGCUGGAGGAGACAUAUCUGUACUGGCUGCCUCUCCUCAGGCAUUUGGUUUCUUUGGGGCUCGGGGUAUAGCUGGCCACGUCCCUGUCAUGUACACUCAUUUCGCCAGGCAGUUCAUGAGGAGUGUUCACCGCCACGGCUGUCACGAAAGGGUUAAAUACUCAGAAUAUUUCAGGGAAGGUUGGACCUUCCACGGAAAGGGAAUGUGGUACUAUCUUUCUGGGGAGACCCUGCCAUCGCUGACGCUAAUUGGCUCCAGCAACUACGGCCACAGAUCUCUAACUCGUGAUCUUGAAACCCAAGCUGCUGUAGUCACCACUAACCGGGAGCUCAGGGCUAGCCUUCACUCUGAACAGGAGCGUCUCUUUGUCAACGGGGGUCAUGUCACUCUCUCGGACAUGGAGCGGGCUCCAGAUAGAAAUCUGAAACUCUGGGAGUGGAUUGUCACCACUCUGCUGAAACCUCACGUCUGAAAUCACACUCACAAUUUUAUCUUUACACACACCAUAUCCGAUAUUCAGUGAUCAUGUGAUAAUAAUUAUGGCAAGUUGGGGGAAG